UCAGCAGCAAGUGAUCUGAUCCCUGCUUUUGUGUGACUAUGGGAGUGAGAAUACAGACAAUGCAAGGCGCACUCUGCUGUACUGUGUUCCUGCUGCUUCUGGGAAAGGGGGGUUUGGGACAGACAACCAGGGUUCGUGCCAUGCCAGGGGAUCAGGAGCUUCUCUGGGGCUCAGACCAGUAUGACUUCGCUAUUGUGCUGCCAGCUUCUGGACUGGAGUGCUUCUGGCACUUUGCUCACUAUGGUGAGCACUUCUACCUCACUUAUAUGGUUCAGUGGGCAACAGGUGUGGCUAAUGCCAGGCACCUUUCAGUCACUGUCAACUCUCCAGAUGGACACCUGGUGGCUACAACAGAUGAUGCUACUGGUCAAAUCAACUUCAAAACAGAGGAGACGGGUUUUUACCAGAUGUGCCUGAAUAACUUCCACAAUCGUUUUGGCAGUAUGCAAGUCUUCCUGAAUUUUGGUGUGUACUACAGUGAAGCAGAUGAGGCCCAGAAACAGAAGGAGAAGAAGAAAAAGGAAGAGGCCAGCAAAAAUCUGAAUGACACAUUAUCCACCAUUGAGGACAGUGCCAACAAGCUACAGGGCUAUACCUUCCACAUGUGGCGGUUUUACAACUUUGCACGCAUGAGAAAGGGUGCCGACUACUACCUGCUUCUCUCCAACUACAAUUAUGUUAACUGGUGGUCUGCUGUUCAAAGCAUAGUUAUCAUUGCAGCAGGCUACCUUCAGCUCUUCUUUCUCAAGAGGCUCUUCCAUACUAAAACAAACACGGAGACCAACAAGCCUCGUUGUUGAGAUCUCAUCAUGGGGCUUUUGCUACAGUCUUGUCUGUGAGUAUUCUUGCAUCUUGGAAUUUAGUACAACCCUAUGAGGAGUGUCAUUCAACUGUGUGAAGCAAUUAGAAUAAACCUUUUAUCCCUACCUUGCUCAUUUUCCUCAGAUGUACAAUGGAUUAGCGUUUCUCUUUCAGUGUUUUUAUGUAAUCUCCAUGUUAUCUACAGAUUGAUUAAAAUGUCUGUCACAUUUA